AUGGUGAAGUGUCUAUUGACUGGAGCUCCGACUACCUCGUCCUUGUCAAAGACAAGUCUACACCUUGUCAAGGGUGCGGGGAAUGUGGUCCGUGUUGGUAACGCAAAAAGAACCAACCUUAUUUCAUCGACAUGGCGGUUGACCGGACGCACUGAUGCUGUGGACGUUACCGAACAUGGACCAUUGUAUCAGGCUAUGUAUAUUACGCGGUAA